AACACCUCGAAAACCCACUCAUUGAUGGAAAAAUAACCACCGCCUGCACAGAAAUACACAUUAAUCACUGUCUGCUACAGGAGAUGGAAGAGAAGCUGAACGGAUCGCUGCCCGUCGUCUCGCCGGAGUAUCUUCAUCAGUGGGUUCGGUCGGCCCAGCAGUUCCAGGCUCUCCAGGCCCAGUACUCCAGCUUCAACCCCAGCCAGCAGUUCCAUUACCCGGACAGCCAUCCCGGGGACGCCCCCCUGGCUCAGGCGGGCCCCCCCCUGGCUCAGGCGGGCCCCCCCCUGGCUCAGGCGGGCCCCCCAGAACCCCCAGAACCAGCCAUGGACCAGCAGGAGCCAGCAGACCCGGCCAAACCCAAAAAGAGAGGCAGAGCAGCACAACCCAAGGAGCCAAAGCCGCCCAAACCCCCCAAGGUCCCCAAGGUCCCCAAGGCGCCGAAGCCACCGAAGCCCCCCAAGGAACCCAAGCCACCAAAACCCCCCAAGGACCCAAACGCACCCAAAGCCAAACCCGGUCCGAAGCCCAAGAAGGCGGCCGAGUCUGCGGCGAACGGCAAGCAGGAGAAGAUCGACGAGAGCUUCAAGAAGGUGAAGAGGAAAGUGGACCGCUUCAAAGGGAUGUCUGAGGAGGAGGUGAUGAAGAAGACGCUCCCGGACCUGCUGGACGACAACCUGGACUACGUCAUCAUCGGCAUCAAUCCAGGACUGAUGGCAGCGUUCAUCGGCCGCUGGUUCCCCGGCCCGGGAAACCACUUCUGGAAGUGCCUGUUCCUGUCGGGGUUCACCGAGGAGCAGCUCAACCACACCCACGACACCCUGCUGCCCGUCAAGUACAAGAUGGGCUUCACCAACAUGGUUGCCAGGGCGACGCCGGGCAGCAAGGACCUGAGCAGCAAGGAGCUCCGCGAGGGAGGAAAGAUCCUGGUGGAGAAGCUGAUUAAGUACCGGCCGCUGAUCGCUGUGUUCAACGGGAAAUGUAUCUACGAGAUGUUCUGCAGAGAGAUGUUCGGUAAAAAGCCCAAAAAGCUGGACUUCGGUCUGCAGCCGCACAAGAUCCCCGAGUGUGACGUGGCGCUGUACCUGAUGCCGUCCUCCAGCGCCCGCUGCGCCCAGUUCCCCCGGGCCCAGGACAAGGUCCACUUCUACAUCAAGCUGAGGGAGCUGCGGGACCAGCUGAGGGGCGUCCAGAAGAGCACGGAGGUGGAGGAGAUCCAGUACAGCUUCGACCUGGGCCUGGCCAAGGAGGACGCCAAGCGGAUGGCGAUCAAGGAGGAGACGUACGACCCCGGCUACGAGGACGCCUACGGCGGAGCGUACGCCGAGAGGACGGCUGAGGGAGGCCCGGCUGGAGGAGGCCCGGCUGCGAGCCACAACGGCCACUGCACCUUCUCGUCCGGCCCCAACACAGAAGGCGCUCAGGAGGCGGCGGCGGCGGCUUCGGAGGCGGCGGCGGGGUCGACGGAGCUCCCGGACGGACAGUGGAUGAAGCAGAACUUCACGGAUCAGAUCCCAGACAUUAACGGCAUCUGAGCUGGAACCAGGAACCAGGAACCAGCCCUGAACCUCUCCAGGUCCAGGUUUAGAUUUGAUCCAGUUUUUAGUCGUGUCCAGGUGGAACCAGACACGUUUAGGACUUUUCUUUUUGUAAGCAUGUGCGGUUGUCUCUCGACAGUCUUUUAAAUAUGUGAAAUCAGGGACAAAGGUGCUUCACUGAGGAGGUGGCGGGGCGUCGGCCCCCGAGGUGUCGGGGCCCGGGGCGUCGGGGCC